GCAGCUUUCCAGUCAAGAUUCUCAGGUUGUUUCAGUAUGUCUGCUGCAAUGAUGAACGCCGUGUACUACGAAGAACCGCGAAAGUUCGACGUGCGCCAAGUGCCCGUUCCGCAGGUUGGAGACGACGAUGUGUUGUUCAAAGUCGUUUGCUGUGGUGUGUGCGGUACCGACAAUCACGUACACGACGGAGAGUUCAUCACCACAUUUCCCCUGGUCCCUGGCCACGAAGUCGUCGGCAUAGUCGCAGACUACGGAAAGAACGUCCACGGGUUUGCCAUGGGAGACCGAGUAGUAGCAGAUCCAGGCGUAACGUGCGGCGCGUGCUUCUACUGCCGCAGAGGCACCUCACUCCUCUGCGAGAACUUCCUCGGGAAGGGCGUGAGCUCAGCCGAGCGCGGCGGUUUUAGCGAAUACAUCACAUUCCACGCCAGCAAAGUCUACAAGAUCCACAACCUCACCGACGAAGAAGCGACGCUCGUCGAGCCCGCCGCAUGUGCCAUCCACGGGAUGGACCAGCUCUCCGCGCCAGUGGGCGUCGAGGCGCUCGUGAUCGGAGCGGGGCCCACGGGCCUCAUCCUCGCGCAGCUCCUCAAGCUCAACGGCGCGAUGCGCGUCGUCAUCGCCGCGAACAAGGGGAUCAAGACCCAGGUGGCGAUAAAUCUCGACGCGGGAGACGCGUAUGUUGAGCUUGAUAGGGAGGAUCCCGGGCCGCAGUGGGAGCGGCUGAGGAAGGAGUAUCCGUAUGGGUUUGAUGUCGUCGUUGAGGCAACCGGCUCGGAAAAGGUCGCGAACGACGCGAUCAACUACGUGCGCAGGGGCGGGACGCUGAUGAUCUACGGCGUGUACGACCGCUCGUCGACCGUCCACUGGUCGCCAGCCAAGAUCUUCGGGGACGAAAUCCGAAUCAUCGGCUCCUUCGCGCAAACGCAUUGCUUCCCUCGCGCGGUACAAUACCUAGAUAGCGGGAAGAUCCGCAUCAAAGGCAUGGUGACGGACGUCUUCACGAUCGCGGAAUACCAAAAGGCGCUGGAUAAGCUGAACAGCCGCGAGGCCGUGAAGAUCGCGGUGAGGCCGCAGUGACGUGUACGAGCGAGCGUAUCGGCUUGAACGCCUCACUCGUGGUGAACACUGGUAACCAUCCAUCAUGAACCAAUAUUGCAAGGCGAUAGCCGAGCCUGGCAAGUGCCUGAGGAUAAUAUACAUGGUCAGGUGUGCCUUCCGCCCUCCGCUUUGCAUGCCAAUCCCCGC